AACAGGGGUAAAAUCCUGGGGCUCACAAGUAAAACGCAAACGAAAGAAAACUCACAGCGAAUUUGAAGAAGAAACAAGAAGAAGAAGAAGAGAUGAAGGGUGCCGGAAGAUUGGUGAGGCGAGGCCUUCUUUGUCGAAGACAGGAUCUUGGUACCCGUAACAGUGAUUUCCAUACCUCUCGUCGUCUCUUGUUCACUUCCUCGACGUCGACGUCCUCGACUUCACAAGGCCGCAAUCCUCUCUCUGGUUUCGUAUCAUCAAAUUCUACAAACAUCUCUUCAUCACAUGCCUCGAAAUGGUCCCUUUUUGGAGGACAGAGGAGGACCAUGUUUAUCCAAACGCAAUCAACGCCAAACCCAUCAUCCCUCAUGUUCUAUCCCGGGAAGGCAGUGAUGGAAGUUGGGAGUGCAGACUUUCCGAAUGCUCGUUCAGCCAUGAAUUCACCACUAGCAAAGUCCCUGUAUGGGGUGGAUGGAAUUACUCGAGUUUUCUUUGGAUCAGAUUUCGUAACUGUAACAAAAUCAGAAGAUGCUUCCUGGGAUAUUAUGAAGCCUGAAAUUUUUGCUGCAAUUAUGGAUUUCUACUCUUCUGGGAACUCACUAUUUUUGGACUCGAACACUGCAGCUUCCAUGGACACGGCUAUCCACGAGGAUGAUUCUGAAACUGUUGCAAUGAUUAAAGAACUGUUGGAGACUCGUAUCCGACCUGCAGUACAAGAUGAUGGUGGAGAUAUUGAGUACCGAACAUUUGAUCCAGAUACUGGAAUAGUCAAACUUAGAAUGCAAGGAGCAUGUAGUGGCUGCCCCAGCUCAUCUGUCACCCUGAAAUCUGGCAUUGAGAACAUGCUGAUGCAUUAUGUACCUGAGGUUAAAGGCGUGGAGCAGGAACUUGACGAUGAAGAUGAAGAGGCAAUAUUACCUGCUUAGAUGGAGCAAUUGACUCGUCUCUUUAUCGUGAGCCAUUUCAUUGUAAAACGAGCUAGAUCAAAGGAUUUGUAAAGGAACUUGUGUAGGGAAAAUAAAAUGUAGCAGCCUGACCAUCCGGUCUCUACAAUAUUACUCGUACCUGCUUAGAUGGAGCAAUUGACUCGUCUCUUUAUCAUGAGCCAUUUCAGUGUAAAACGAGCUAGAUCAAAGGAUUUGCGAAGGAACUUGUGUAGGGAAAAUAAAAUGUAACAGCCUGACCAUCCGGUCUCUACAAGAGUGAGUACAGUAUAUCAGCUUUUGAUGCCGAAAAAGUGGCUUUCUGUAUGGCAAUAAAUCUUAAAACUUAAAAACGAUAUUUAUUAGUUGAUUAUUUUUUU